AUGAACCUGAAAUGGGGGGACAACCGGGGAAAGGGCUCAGUGCCCUCCCCUCCUCCCUACAGGGCCGAGUUCAGGGCUGAGGUGCUGCAGAAGAAGCGGGAGGAGCGUCUGGGUGGGGAGAACUCCGCGGAGCUGCUGGAGGAGCACCGGCGCCUGAUGGCCUGGAAUGACGAGGAGAACGCCCGGCAGCGGGCACGCAGAGAGGAGAGACUCAGGAAAGAAGCGGAGGAAGAGAAGAGGAGGAAGUUGGAGGUCGCGGAGAAGCAGGCCAGGAAAAUGGAGGCUUUCAUGAAGGAGAAGGAGCAGGAGGUUCUCCAGCUGCAGGAGGAAGCCAAAAGCUUCAUCACCCCCGAGAACCUGGACGCGCGGAUCGAGGAGUGCCUGGACAACCCGCGCAACUACAACUUCGCCAUCGACAAGGACGGGCGGGUCGUCAAGCGCACGGUGCUGUCGUAGCAGCCCCAGGAUGGGGCUCCUGGCCUGCUUUUGUGCCCAGAGCCUCCUCCCCAGAAGACCUGGAGUUCUUCUUUUUAAUGUAUAAAUUGGCCACGGCAGUGUGGUGGAGAAAGGCUGCGGGGUCUGGCUGUGCUGCUUCCGAAGGGCGAACGCCGGCGGGAGGGGGGUGAGGGGGAAACUCGGGCUUGUUGGAGGCUCCAGCUCCCUGGCUCAGCCCUGUGUGGCUGUUGCUGUGCCUGUGAUUCCACCUCCCACGUGUUUGGAUCCCUCCUGCCUUCACACACAGCGUGUGGGGAGAGAAGCAGGAGCAGUCAGGAGGCAGAUCUUGGCUCUCAGCUCCAUGCUGUCAGCCCCUCUGGAUGCUUCCGAAGGGAAAUGAGGGCUGAAUGGAUUUUUAGAGAACACUGGCCCUCCUCUUUUUUUGUUGUUGGGUGAAAGAAUUAAUUAUUCCUCCUGAUUUCUGCUGGGCUGGAGGGACCUGUCAUCCCUGGUCAUGCUUUGAACCUUCCUUUGCACAUAUCUUGGUGUGGCUGAAUGAGAAAAUAUGUCUGGAUGAUCUGGAA